AUAAACAAACGUGACCAUAUACUGUACCACUUCACACAAAAACAGUGUCUUCUGCACACUGCCAAACAGUAAGCUCAAAUAGGCACAUGCAAACAGCUAGCAAGCAACGUUGAAGCAGCAAUAGCCGAAAUUAGCUGCAAACUGCACAACAUAUUAACUCACAAUAUAUCAGCGGAAGCAGCUCACUUACUCUGCUUGAACCCAGCAGGGAUCCUUUUGGAGGAUAGGUGUGCUUCAAAGCUGCCAAUUCUGAACACCACGGCGGGCGGGUGGAAGGCCUUUCAACAGAAAGAUGGCCUCGGCACAUGACAGAGCUGUACUCCAGGCUAUAUUCAGCCCCACCAGCCCCUUAGGAGACGUCCCCGGCCUGAACCAAGAGGAGGAAUUAAUUGAUGAUGACAGUGGCUUUGACACAGAGUUGCUGAAGCAAGUGAAAGAGUUGGAGAUGAGGGGUGUCUCUGCUGCAGAGGCUGGGUAUUUGCAAGCUGCACUUCAAGAGUUCAGCCAGGCAAUCCAGAUCCUGCCUCAGCGAGCCUCAGCCUACAACAACCGGGCCCAGGCCCUGCGGCUGCUGGGGAACACAGCAGGUACAUGCUACACACUCAAUAAUAACCCUUUCCUCAGUCACCGCAGUGCACCGACAUAUCACACUGUUGAGUUUGAGGACAGCGUGACAUCAUUUCAGAGCUGUGUCUAUCUGAUGCACUUUUUCAACAGUGCUAGCCUACUUCAGAGGCCCUGCGUUUUCCUUGUGUUAUGUUAUUUUCUACAUGCUGUUUGUCAUAUCAUCUAA